CUGUGAGGGAUUUUCCCGAGCUGUAACUAAUGAUUAUUUACAUUAGGUCUCUGGUUGGCUGCGGCCAUCUAUAUAAUCAACACAAUGUCGCAUCGGACGGGCCGUCACUACAUCAGCGUAAAUAGAUUGAAAUGAUAUCUUGAUUGUAUAAGAAGGGCUUCCCGCAAGAUCCUACGAAGAGAGGGUAAUAUCUAUGGGAUCAGAAUCAUGAAACUAUUUCCUUUGAAUACCAGGCUCUGUUCAUAUUGGAUCCUCUACUUCGAAAACCUCUACUAUAUUCACAUAACAAGUCCCAAUGGCCACCCACCUCGCCGCCGUCUCCCUGGCCAAAGGCCAACCCUUUGAGCUCCAAACCCGCUCUACCCCAAAGCCAGGACCAGACGAGCUCCUCAUCGCUGUCAAAUCAGUAGCCCUCAACCCGGCAGACGCCUACAUGCGUGACCAAGGCCUCUUCAUACCCAGCUACCCCACAGUCAUCGGCUUCGAUAUGUCCGGGUUAGUCCUCGAGGUCGGCGACAACGUCCCCACAGCCCUCUUCCGACCUGGUAUCACCCGUGUCGCCGCCUACGCCGCCUUUUUCUGGAAGUCCUGCGAUCCAGACUACGGCGCAUUUCAGGAGCGGUGUCUCGUCCCCUGGCAGCAUGCUGUGCCUCUUCCGGACGAGGACAUGUCUUGGAACCACGCGGCGACCUUGCCUGUCGCCGUCGAGGUACCCCUUAGCGCGUGGGAUGCCAUUGGGAUCCCCCGGGUGGCAGAAGCAGUGACUUCUGCUCCAGUCCCUGUUGGCCCUGCCGGAGGGAAGCAAAAGAAUCAUAACAUAGAAAAAAGAGAAGCUCUCCUAAUCUGGGGUGCUUCUUCUAGCGUCGGCACCAUGGGCGUGCAAACAGCGCGACUGCUGCGGGAAGAUCCCAACUCUUCUUUCGCAGCCGUGUACGCCACGGCUGGAGCGGCGAAUAAGAGUUAUGUGGGUUCACUGGGCGCGGACCGCGUGUUCGACUACAAAGAUUCACAAGUUGUGGAUGCCAUCGUUUCAGCGGCCAAGGAGGACGGGUUAGUGAUCCGGCACUGUUUUCUUGCUACCGGGCAGCUGGCGCCAUGUCAGGCUGUGCUUAAGACAUUCCUCGGAGAAGGUCAAGAAGGGAAGAAAAUGAAGACGGCGAAGAUCGCGUCGGCCCCUGUGCUUCCUCCAGAUGCGGAGGUCGUGAAUGGGGUCGAGACGAUAUUCGUGCAGCCGUCGAUGGUGGAAGCGGAGAGGCUGGAGCAGUUCAGAUACUGGAUUGGGACGUGGCUGAGGGAUAACCUGGCCAAGGGAACCAUCAGGCCGAGUCCGGAACCGAACGUUGUGGGAAAAGGCUUGGGGGCUAUCAAUGCUGGGUUAGACAAACUGCUCCGCGGGGUGAGUUGUACGAAGUUGAUUGUUGAGGUUGCAGAGUAGCAGUAGCAGUAGUUACCUAGUAUUCAUCGGCAGGAUCUUCGUCGUCUUUAGACUCAUCCACUUCACUAAUAUUAUUCUGCUUUCGAGGUUUUAGUUCAACAUAGUUA